AUGUACAUCGUUGCAGCACCAAAGCCCGUGGAUUUCGGGUUCGUGUCCGGGCAGCCGGGCGGCGGCGUGAACAACUCGGGCCGCACGAAUUUCACCACGAAGCAGCUCACGGAGCUGGAGAAGGAGUUCCACUUCAACAAAUAUCUGACGCGGGCAAGGCGGAUCGAGAUUGCCUCCACCCUGCAGCUCAACGAGACGCAGGUGAAAAUCUGGUUCCAGAACCGACGGAUGAAGCAGAAAAAGCGCAUGAAGGAGGGCUUGGUGUCGCCCGAGAGCGGCGGUGGUGGCGGCGGCGGCGGCGGAGCCGGCAGCCCGGGGGCGGCUCAAAGCUCCGGCGCCGGCUCGCCGUCCAGCGACAGCAACAACGUGUCGUCGUCGGGGACGCCCAAUUCGGACCUCAACGGCCCGACGACGAUCAUCAAGGCCGAGCCCUCGCCGCCCAGCGCCACCACCCUCGCGCCCACGCACCAUCAAAUAACCGCCACCUGA